AUGAUGGAAUACGGAAGAACGCGCAAAGGGCCGCUGCCUGGAGGUCGCCAGGGCGCGUCUGGAGCUGGCGCUGGACGCGGCAGCAUGCGAACCGCCAGCCGAGCGCGAGGUGCUGCACGACCACCCAGCAGCCCCUCGCAUCCAUCAUCCCCACCAGCUGGCUUGGUGUCGGCAGGGUCUUCGCGGGCCCAGCAAUCGGCACCCGCCUCUGGUGGAGUACGCCGCAUGCGUUGGACAACCCAGAUGAACAGCAACGCAUUGCGGGCGUAUUUUGGGGCGAAAGGGGGAGAAACUGGAUGUUUGGCGUAUCGGGCUAGGAUGCAUCGUCUCUUUGCUGAGCUGGAGCCAUCUUUAACCGUCACAGAGCAAAACCUGGCAGACCGAGUUCGGUAUAUCUUGCGCUCAAAUAUAUUUGAUGUCGCCGAACUCGAACGGCUACGACGUGAGGCUGUUCCCUCGUCGGAUGAGAAUGCUACGGCUGAGGAUGCGGCGCCACAAAUGGUAGAGCAACCCGCAAACGUGGAUGCCGCCGUGAAUACCCCAGUUGUGGUUGAUUCGAACGAUGAUGGAACAGUCGCCCAGGAACUGGAAUUAGAGCAUAUGAGGAGUACAUUGGAAGAGGCGAUUGUGGAAACGCGCAGUACGCCUCUCGAAAAUCGACCGCGACUUCCCCGCAUAGCCCUAAGCAAGCGGAAUCGGGCUGUCGUGAGGGCUCUGAACCCAAUGCUGGUGACCUAUUUGGAAGCCAGCCGGGACCUUUGCGAGACGGACUCAAUUCUUUUUGGCGCCGCGCUGGCAGUCUGCCGUAUCAUAGGCGCCAAGAUUUCCACGGUUGGACGCGCUACUGGCCAUAGUAGCGCUAUCCCAGCAUGGAGAAGAAGAAUUGAGGAACGUAUCGCAAAGACUAGAGCUCUCAUCGGCAGACUGAUAUGCUUCAGAUCAGGCAACAACAGGCCAAGAAUUGUGCGCACCGUCAGGAUGGCGUUUGCUGGGACAAAUGUCAGUUUGUCCCAGCCGGAUAUAACGCAAAAACUGACGGAGCGCAUAGAUGAUCUGAAGCAGAGAAUCGCUGCUUGGGGAAAACGGAUUCGGCGAUAUACCGAGAGGUCGACACGGUUCAACCAGAAUCGUCUCUUCCAGAGUGAUCAGAAGAGGCUCUAUGAAUCAUUGGAGCGACCAAUGGUAAGUGGAACGGGUCCAGCACCGAAUCAGGCCGACACUGUAGCAUUCUGGCGCGGCCUGUGGUCAGAGCCCGUAAACCACAGCGAGGGCCCUUGGACGGAAGUUGUGGCGAGUCAGUGUGCGGGUAUUACGCCCAUGGACCCCGUCAUCAUAACGCCGGAUGACGUAGCUGAGGCGGUCCGUAGGGCCCCGAACUGGAAAAGUCCGGGGCUUGACGGGCUGCAUCACUACUGGCUGAAGGGGUUCAUGGUGUGUCACUCUGUGCUUGCCCGACAGUUUCAAGAGGCUCUCAACCAGAAGUCGCUCCCAAGCCUCUUCACUACUGGGAUCACUCAUUUGGUUCCUAAAGACCAGGAGCAUAUGAGGAGUACAUUGGAAGAGGCGAUUGUGGAAACGCGCAGUACGCCUCUCGAAAAUCGACCGCGACUUCCCCGCAUAGCCCUAAGCAAGCGGAAUCGGGCUGUCGUGAGGGCUCUGAACCCAAUGCUGGUGACCUAUUUGGAAGCCAGCCGGGACCUUUGCGAGACGGACUCAAUUCUUUUUGGCGCCGCGCUGGCAGUCUGCCGUAUCAUAGGCGCCAAGGUUUCCACGGCUGGACGCGCUACUGGACAUAGUAGCGCUAUCCCAGCCUGGAGAAGAAGAAUUGAGGAACGUAUCGCAAAGGCUAGAGCCCUCAUCGGCAGACUGAUAUGCUUCAGGUCAGGCAAUACCAGGCCAAGGAUUGUGCGCACCGUCAGGAUGGCAUUUGCUGGGACAAAUGUUAGUUUGUCCCAGCCGGAUAUAAUGCAAAAACUGACGGAGCGCAUAGACGACCUGAAGCAAAGAAUCGCUGCUUGGGGAAAGCGGAUUCGGCGAUAUACCGAGAGGUCGACACGGUUCAACCAGAAUCGUCUCUUCCAGAGUGAUCAGAAGAGGCUCUAUAAAUCAUUGGAGCGACCAAUAGUAAGUGGAACGGGCCCAGCACCGAAUCAGGCCGACACGGUCGCAUUCUGGCGCAGCCUGUGGUCAGAGCCCGUAAACCACAACGAGGCCCCUUGGACGGAAGUUGUGGCGAGUCAGUGUGCGAGUAUUACGCCCAUGGACCCCGUCAUCAUAACGCCGGAUGACGUAGCUGAGGCGGUCCGUAGGGCCCCGAACUGGAAAAGUCCGGGGCUUGACGGGCUGCAUCACUACUGGCUGAAGGGGUUCGUGCUACGAUGUGAGGCUGUUCCUUCUUCGGAUGAAAAUGCUACGGCUGAGUAUGCGCCGCCACAACUUGCAGAGAAACCGGCAAACGUGGAUGCCGGCGUAAAUACCCCAGUUUUGGUUGAUUCAAACGAUGAUGGAACAGUCGCCAUGGAACUGGAGCUGAAGCAAAUGAGGAGUUCAUUGGAUGAGGCGAUUUUGGAAACGCGCAGUACGCCUCUCGAAAAUCGACCGCGACCUCCCCGCGUAGCCCUAAGCAAGCGAAAUCGGGCUAUCGUGAGGGCUCUGAACCCAAUGCUGGUGACAUAUUUGGAAGCCAGCCGGGACCUUUGCGAGACGGACUCAAUUCUGUUUGGUGCCGCACUGGCAGUCUGCCGUAUUAGGCCCAAACUUUCCAUGGCUGGACGCACUACUGGACAAAGUAGUGCUAUCCCAGCCUGGAGAACAAGAACUGAAGAACGUAUCGCAAUAGCAGGCCAAGGAUUAUGCGUACCAUCAGGAUGGCGUUUGCUGCGACAAAUGUUAGUUAACCCCAGCCGGAUAUAA